CAUUCCCGGGACUCCACCUCUCCACUCCACCAGCUCCGCGCCCAGAUGUCCAGAACCUUCCAGCAGCCGACCUGGGACCUGGGCAUGAUGGUGCCUCUCCUGCUGUCCUUUCUGCUUUUCCUGCGGCCUGUGGCCCCGCUGGAGACCCUGGCAAGGGAGUGGGGUCCUGGACGGUACUCGCUGAGCUUUCUCUACACCGGCCAGUCCAAGCCCAGAGAGGGAGAGCCCAGCUUCCAGGCCAUGGCCUACCUCAAUGACCAGGCCCUGUUCCGCUACGACAGCACGCGUGGGCGAGCCGAGCCCCUGGGCCCGUGGGCACAGCUGAACGGGGUGGAGGACUGGGAGAAGGAGAGCAAGCUUCAGAAGGCUAGGGGGGACUUCUUCCUGGAGACCCUGAAAGACGCCGUCAAUUACUACAAGGACCCGGAAGCGCCCCACACUUUCCAGGGCAGGUUUGGCUGUGAACUACAGAAUAAUGUGAGCAGCGGUGCCUUCUGGAGCUACGCCUAUGACGGCAGUGACUUCAUCACCUUCAACCAGAGCAUCCCCGCCUGGGUGACCCUGGACCCAGCCGCUGGCAUCACCAAGAGCAAGUGGGAGGCGGAGGCCGAGUACCUGCAGCGGUCCAAGGCCUACCUGGAGGAGGAGUGUCCUGCCAUGCUGCGGAGGUACCUGCAUCUCGGGAAGCACCUCCUGGACCGACGAGAUGCCCCUUCGGUGACCAUCACCAACCACGUGGCUCCAGGACACCAGAGAUGGUUCAAGUGUCGUGCUGAUGAGUUUUACCCUCCUGGCAUCACCCUGCGCUGGACUCGGGCCGGCAGCCCCCUGGAGCCGGAGUUUAGGGGGGACAUGCUUCCUAGCGGCAGUGGCACUUACCAGUCCUGGGUGGUGGUGAGGGUGUCCCUGAAGGACGGGAGUCCCCUCGCCUGCCACGUGGAGCACAGCACCCGGGCCGAGACUGUCACUGUGCAGUGGGACACCGAGGAGGGCACUGUAAUCCAGUAGCCAGGCCUCUGGGAGUCAGGGGCCAGGUCACAGGCAAGAAGCCGGAGGACGGCACCAGGGGCAGAGCUGACUGAUUCCGGCAUGUCCUGUAAAAGCCCAGGCUUGAUCCAGGCCACCCAGCACCAUCACCACUUUCCCAGCACGCAGCAUGGAGACGCAUCUUGAAACUGUGAAUGAGAGGCCAGAGCAAGAGUCCAGCGGGAGGGCCCUGCCCUUGCACGCAGCCGACCCGGGUUCUAUCUCUGACAUCCCCUAGGGUCCCCCUAGUACCACCAGGAGUCCUGAGUGACCCCUGAGCAUCAUUGAGUGUGGCCCAAAAAGAAAAAAAAAAGAAAUAAAGUAUGAAUGAGUAGA